CGAGGUCAGCAAAACAGCGCAAAUACCUGACUCGAUCUGGCAGACGAAUCAAAGCGCUAUACAGCAUACAGGUGGAUAUUUAUACCGACUGUGUCCACUGAACUGGAUAGAACAGUCACAACCUUGACGUAGGUCAAAGGACCUAAAGAGCCAUGUCUGUAGAGUGUGUUAUAAAGAAUGCAGCUAAAACGGUAGGGGAAGGGCCCCACUGGGACAGUGCUACCAAUACAUUACUGUACGUAGAUAUUUACGAUAACGCUAUUCAUAGAUAUAAUCCAGCAACAGGAUCAGACGAAAAAAUUAAACUGGACGGUACAGUAGGUUUCGUAGUUCCCGCCAAAAAAGGUGGAUUGAUAGCAGGAGUGGGUCGUUGUCUAGUUCACGUAGACUGGGACACAAAGAGGACAACCAAAUUACACGAGGUGGAUAAAGGUCUAGAGACACGCUUUAAUGAUGGAAAAUGUGAUCCGAGAGGAAGAGUCUGGGCAGGAACAAUGGGACCUGUAGUACCGGAUGUACCCAACAUGAAGAAAAUAGGCAGUCUGUAUUGUUUAGAUCUAGAUGGCACGCUGCGCACGAUGAUUAAGGAUGUAGGAAUUUCAAACGGACUAGCUUGGUCAGAGGACGGAAAGUCGAUGUAUUAUAUCGACUCCACUCCACGACAACUGUACAGAUAUGACUUCGACCCUUCCACAGGCAGCAUAGACAACAAAACUGUAAUCGUUGACAAUUCUGGUAAGUCAGUACCAGAGUUUGGUUUACCAGAUGGAAUGACACUAGACACAGAAGGAAAGGCAUGGGUCGCCAAUUUUUUCAGCAAAAAGGUUGUCCGUUAUGACACAAACACUGGUGAAGAAUUGCAAUCUGUAGAGUUUCCUGCUACAAGAAUCACCUCUUGCUGCUUUGGAGGCCCAGAUCUGGAUGAGCUGUAUGUAACAACUUCUAUUCAUGAAGCACCGGAAGAGGAAAUUAAGGAAUAUCCAUUGGCGGGGACCCUGUUUCGGGUCAAGGGACUCGGUGUCAAAGGUUACCCAGCAAAUGUAUACGAAGGUGAAAUCCCUGGACUGAAAUAGUUACAGACGUGGUGUGGUUAAAAUUAUAAAUGAAAUGUCCAGUAUAAAAUUGAUUAAUACAAGAAUAUCUUGACACAUUACACAUAUAAAUCUCUGCCUAUAUACAUGUACAACCUUUUGUAUGUAAUUGCAAUACUUUUUUGCAUUCGUAUUAAUGUUUGGAGUACUUUGCUUUCUACCAUUAUAGUCUCUGAGUAAAUCAAGUCAUAUUCAA